AUGCCAUUAUACAAAGAUGUGGUGGCCAAGAUCCAGAAACUAUGGCGCGCUUGGCGCCGCCGCAAACUUCCAGAACCGUCAUCUGCUCAAUCCCGGGAUCGCCACAUCUACGAAGAUAUCUAUGAUGAAUAUCGGAGGCAGGGUGCAACACUGUGGAGAGGGGAAGGCAGUCAUGAAUGGCAUUGCCGUGGGUUAAGUGCUCUCCACCCCCGGGUCUUCAUUGUGGGAGACUCGAGCCAAUUCCACGCUCGGGAGAACAUCCCCAUCGAAAAUAGCAUGGCUUCAUCCAGACGGUCUGUUGAUAGUGGUUAUGGUGACUCGGAGUGGUCUUUACCUCCACCCCUGGAGUCGAUAUCAUCUCAUGGUCGACUGUCUCUCGAUUCCAUGCCGCCUCUGGAAUAA